ACAAGAAUAUCCAGGUGUUUGAGUAUCAAGACUGGAAAAAAUGAAAACUACUUCAAGAUUUUUCCAAAGACUUUUCCCAAAGGUGGUUUGCCCAGUGACGAGUUUUUAAUCAAUUUACGGACUUUAAGAAACGAAUAUCUCAAAUUACAAUCGAUCAACCACCCUGAUAUGUUGAUUGAUAAAAUCGAUGAGUUUUCAUCGUUUGUGAAUAAAGCAUAUUCGACUUUGAAAUCACCACUAACUCGUUCACAGUAUUUUUUGCUACUAAAUAAUAUUGAUUUGAUAAAUGAUAAGGAAAACAAAAAUACUAAUACCAAUAGCAAUAGUGUCAAUCUAGAGAAGAUGAAAAACCUUGAUUCAUCAAUUUUGAUGGAAAUAUAUGAGACUUGUGAAGAAAUUGAAAAUUGUGAAAAUGAGAAGAACUUAAAAAUACUAAAUCAAAAAAAUAAUGGAAAAAUUAAAAAUUGUGAGCUGAAAUUAAAUGAACUAUACUCAAGUUUCAAUAGUUUAACUAGCUCACCCAACUCAACUGAAAGAAAAAGUCUAUUAAAACAGAUUAUCAAAGAAACCAUCAAAUUAAAAUAUUGGUUUAAUAUUAAAAAGAAUAUUAAGGAGUGGGAACCUGGAAAAGAGGUUGUUAUGAAUCACUGA